CAACAUGCGACUUGAUGGUGCUCGCUGAGCCGUUGUAGGACGACCAGAUAACGGAUAACCGACACGGGAGCGGAACAAACACACGGGGGGAGGGGAGGGCAAGACUCAUCAGCGGAGCCGCGCAUGACGGCGUGGUGAGGCUUGUUCCCCCGCCCUGAGAACGUCUGGAGGACAUCAGGGGGGGCCACGCCAGGGCUGAUUAAAAAGGAGCAAGACAGAACCCUCACCUUGCCCCCCCUCCCUUUCCUCCCCCUUUCAUCCUCCUCCUCCUCCAUCGUCACCGGCCGAGAAGACAUCUGUGGUCCAAGAGGGCCCCCAUGCAGUCCCCCGCCAUGGAGACGACCAAGCUCCCCCCGUCCAGCCCGUCCUCGCCCACUACAAGCUUCUCGGUGCCGUCGGCGGAGAAGGUGGAUGGCUUCCCGCGGCGCUCCAUGCGCAGGGUGCGCCAGAGGAGGUCCCACAGCUCGUCCCAGUUCCGCUACCAGAGCUCCCAGGUGGAGCUCACACCUCUGCCCCUCCUCAAAGACGCCCCUGUGGCCGAGCUCCACGAACUCUUCUGCAAGAAGCUGCAGCAGUGCUGCGUGCUCUUCGACUUCCUGGACUGCGUGGCUGACCUGAAGGGCAAGGAGAUCAAACGUGCGGCUCUCAACGAAUUGGUGGAGAGCGUGGCCACCAGCAGAGGAGUCCUCACAGAGCCACUCUACCCGGAGAUCAUUAAAAUGAUCUCUGUGAACAUCUUCCGCACUCUGCCACCAAGCGAGAAUCUCGAGUUUGACCCCGAGGAGGACGAGCCCACACUGGAGGCUUCCUGGCCGCAUCUUCAGUUGGUGUACGAGUUCUUUCUGCGCGUGCUGGAGAGCCCGGAUUUCCAGCCCUCAGUGGCCAAACGCUAUGUGGACCAGAAGUUUGUCCUGCAGCUCCUGGAGCUCUUUGACAGCGAGGACCCCAGGGAGAGGGAGUACCUGAAGACCAUCCUUCACCGUGUUUAUGGAAAGCUACUGGGCCUCCGAGCUUACAUCCGCAAGCAGAUCAACAACAUCUUCCUCAGGUUCAUAUAUGAAACUGAGCACUUCAAUGGAGUUGCAGAGCUGCUGGAGAUCCUCGGCAGCAUCAUAAACGGCUUCGCUCAGCCUCUGAAGGCCGAACACAAGCAGUUCCUGGUGAGGGUUCUCAUCCCGCUGCACACGGCAAAGUCCCUCUCCAUCUUUCAUGCACAGAUGGCCUACUGUGUGGUGCAAUUUAUGGAGAAAGACGCCACCGUGACUGAAUUUAUCAUCCGAGGGCUGCUUAAGUACUGGCCGAAGACGUGCACGCAGAAGGAGGUGAUGUUCCUGGGUGAGAUCGAGGAGAUCCUGGAUGUCAUCGAGCCAUCUCAGUUCAUCCGAGUUCAGGAGCCGCUCUUCAAGCAGAUCGCAGGCUGCAUCGCAAGCCCUCACUUCCAGGUGGCCGAGCGCGCCCUUUACUUCUGGAACAACGAGUACAUCCUGAGUCUGAUCGAGGAGAACUGUCAAGUCAUCCUGCCGCUGGUCUUUGCCACCCUCUACAGAGUCUCCAAGGAGCACUGGAACCCAACCAUCGUGUCUCUGAUCUUUAAUGUGCUGAAGACCUUCAUGAAGAUGAACAGCACAUUGUUUGAAGACCUCACCGCCUCCUACAAAGCGGAGAAGCAGAAGGAAAUGAAGCGGGAGAGGGAGCGUGCUGAGCUGUGGCGAGGCCUGGAGGAGCAUCAGGAGCGCUGGCUACAGAUGCUGACUGAGGCCGCCCGCAACCAGCGCAACCUCCAGGAUCGAGGCGAGAGGGAGGAUGCGCCACCUCGCGCGUCCCCGCAGGCGGCCCGCGCCGACCAGCCUGAGGCCCAGCCCGGCAGGGGUGGCCCAGGAGAGAGCGCCACCUAGGCGCAGACGUGGCGGUGGUGCUCAAACACUUCAGACAGAAAGAGGUACAGUGGAAACCAUUUCAGUCAGUCCUGCUUAUGUCGACAACCUGUCUAUGUCGAUCCACUCAUCAAUUCCCAGUCCACCACGUUCUUAUUGUUAAAAGGUGCCCGCUUACGUUGAUGUCGACAUCAAAUUGGAGACCCAAAGUGAUCAUUUCUGUGAAAAUGGGUCCGACAUACAGUAUGUAGUAGUGUUGUCUGCUUCACCCUUAUUGGUAAACAGUGUGAAACGGUAACAAAGCUACUGUCUAGUUGCACAGCAUUACAACGUCACAGAGUGACGUCCUUCCACCGGAAGAAAGCUGUUCCCAAGUAUGAAAGCUUUAUUGCCACUGGAGUUAACACAUGCGAUUAAACUAUCACAGCAACUCUGUUAGAUAAGAGUAUCAUCAAAACACGAGAAUCUAAUUCAAAACAUGCACAAACGGAAGAAAAACUUGUCGGCAAACAAAAAUCCUCCGUUAUCACCCAUUCUCCCUCCAUUCUCUCCGGACAAAGUCACAAAUAAACGUACAAGCAACGGCUAGUUUCGGCUUCGGUUACGUCGACAACCUUCUGAUGUCGAUGUCAGUCAGCCGUCCCGAUGGGCGUCGACAUAAGCGGGUUCCACUGUACAAAGCGAGUUGAUAUUUUAGUGUUCGUGUUUCUUUUUCACAUUGUCUUAAAAGGUACUUUAUAUCGAUUGUUUUUGUAUUCUGAGGAAAACAAACCUGAUACUGAAACUUUAUUUUCUAUUCGAUGAGGAAAUGUCAUUUUGUUUGAAGGCAAGUGUCAGGUUUGUGUGUGUUCAUGUGUGCGCGCGUGCGUGCGUGCGUGUGUGUGUGUGUGCGUAACAUUGUUUACAUGAGAAUGUAUCAUUAAACAAAUUGAUUGUUAAUGAACUACCUUUUAACCAAAUAAGUCAAGUUUCGGAAUCCAAGUGUCAAGAAGUAUAAUCAUCGUGCUAGAGUUUACACAGACACAAUGCAAUUCACUUUCCAUUUUCUUUGGCUCCUUUUUGGACUGCAGCGAGUGGGGACCUACUUUCCUAUUUCAAAAAGAAAUGCUCAUCGUCCCCUGGUGGCUGGAAGGAUUUAUUUGAUGCUGCGGAUUCUCUUAAACUACGCCCCAAAAAACAAUUUAGGCCAAACAAAACAAAUUAAAUUUGACGCUAAACAUGAUCUUGCUGUCUUAAAUGAUUUUUUGUGAUUGUUUUGCAUUACAAUUCGAUUGUUCUACAACUCUAUGUGUGUGUGUGUGUGUGUGUGUGUGUGUGUGGUCACGUCCAUCUCUCUCCUUCAUGCCCCCUUGUGGCGGCUUUUAUCACAGAGGAGCGGGGAAGGGUGGGGGAUGUUGGAGACGGACGAAAGUCAUAGAUGUAGACAUGCUAGAACGGCAAUAAGUCAGUCAGUCAGCGCAGUGCGAGCGUCGUUCCCAAUGCAUUCUAACGUAGCAAUUUCACUCAACUCCUAGAUUUGCACUGUCCCGAUGCCCGACGAGUCUGUGGUUGUUGUCUUCUUCAAGAUGAAAAACUUGUUUCAUGACAAUAAGAGAUCUUCUUCUGAGAGGAAGCCGAUGUAUAUUUUGGGCGGGUGUUUUUAAGUUGAAUGUAGAAAGGAUUACUGUAAGUAAUGUUAGACUGGAGGG